AUGAAAUUUAAAUCGAGGGCUGCUAAGUCAAUGGCUAUCAAGCGACUUGCAGACUCUAUAUUAUCAUCAAAGAAAUCUAAAGUUCCUAAACUCGAAGCUUCAAGUGAUCAGCUUGCUUCUUGUGUAUCCGACCUAUCCAAAUCAGUUUGUAAUAAAGCAGUUCUGGAAAUUAAUUCAUUGAAAAGAGGUACAAUUGAUAAAGUAGUUAAUGAAAGCAGUGAAGAUUCAAGUAAUGAGUCUGUUUCUCAUAUAUCCAACACCAAAACACUUUCUAAAAAAGCAGAUUUAGAUAAGAAUUCACUCAAAAGUACUAAAACCAACAAGAAAGUUAUUGAAAGCAGUGAUGAUUCAAGUGAUGAGUCUGUUUCCCGUGUAUCCAACACCAAAACACUUUCUAAAAAAGCGGAAUUAGAAAAGAAUUUACUGAAGAGUGCUACAAUAGACAAGAAAGUAAUAAUUGAAAGCAGUGAAGAUUCAAGUGAUGAGUCUGUUGUCCACGUAUCCAAUAUUAAACUUUCUAAAAAAGCAGAUCUAGAAAAGAAUUUACUGAAAAGUGCUGCAAUCAUCAAGAAAGUAAUUAAUGAAAGCUGUUGUGUUCUAAUGGAUAACUUUGUUUCCCGUGUAAAUGCAAUCACAACAGACCUUGAAAAAGAAGCAGAUUUAGAAAAGAAUUUACCGAAAAGUACUACAAUAAACAAGAAAGUAAUGAUUGAAAGCAGUGAAGAUUCGAGUGAUGAGCUUCUUUCUUGUAUAUCAAACAAUAAAACAGUUAAUAAAGCAAAUUUAGAAAACAGUAUACAGAAAACUGCUAUCAUCAGCAAGAAAGUAAUUAAUGAAAGCAGUGAAGAUACAAGUGAUGAGCCUCUUUCUCGUGUAAGCAACAUCAAAACACUUCCUAAAAAAGCGGAUUUAGAGAAUUUACCGAAAAGUGCUACAAUUAACAAGAAAGUAAUUAUUGAAAGCAGUGAAGAUACAAGUGAUGAAAGCAGCGAAGAUUCAAGUGAUGAGCCUCUUUCUCGUGUAUCUAACAUCAAAACACUUCCUAAAAAAGCAGAUUUAGAGAAGAAUUUACCGAAGAGUGCUACAAUUAACAAGAAAGUAAUUAAUGAAAGCAGUGAAGAUUCAAGUGAUGAGCCUCUUUCUCGUCUAUGCAACAUCAAAACACUUCCUAAAAAAGCAGAUUUAGAGAAGAAUUUACCGAAAAGGGCUACAAUUAACAAGAAAGUAAUUAUUGAAAGCAGUGAAGAUACAAGUGAUGAAAGCAGCGAAGAUUCAUGUGAUACGCCUCUUUCUCGUCUAUGCAACAUCAAAACACUUCCUAAAAAAGCAGAUUUAGAGAAGAAUUUACCGAAGAGUGCUACAAUUAACAAGAAAGUAAUUAAUGAAAGCAGUGAAGAUUCAAGUGAUGAGCCUCUUUCUCGUCUAUGCAACAUCAAAACACUUCCUAAAAAAGCAGAUUUAGAGAAGAAUUUACCGAAAAGUGCUACAAUUAACAAGAAAGUAGUUAUUGAAAGCAGCGAAGAUUCAAGUGAUGAGCCUCUUUCUUGUGCAUCCAACAAUAAAACAGUUUUUAAUAAAGCAAAUUUAGAAAAGAAUUCACAGAAUAGUGCUACAAUCAACACGAAAGCAAUUUCUGAAAGCAGUGAUGAUUCAAGUGAUGAAAGCAGCAAAAAUUCAAGUGAUGAGCCUCUUUCUCGUGUAUGCAACAUCAAAAAACUUCCCAAAAAAGCAGAUUUAGAGAAGAAUUUACCGAAAAGUGCUACAAUUAACAAGAAAGUAAUUAAUGAAAGCAGUGAAGAUUCAAGUGAUGAGCCUCUUUCUCGUCUAUGCAACAUCAAAACACUUCCUAAAAAAGCGGAUUUAGAGAAGAAUUUACCGAAAAGUACAAUUAGCAAGAAAGUAAAUAAUGAAAGCAAUAAUGUUUCAAUGAAUGAUCUUGUUCCUCGUGUAACGGUAAUCAAAAUAGCCCUUGAAAAAGAAGCAGAUUUAGAGAAGAAUUUACCGAAAAGUGCUACAAUUAACAAGAAAGCAAUUAAUGAAAGCAGUGAAGAUUCAAGUGAUGAAAGCAGUGAAGAUUCAAGUGAUGAGCCUCUUUCUCGUCUAUGCAACAUCAAAACGCUUCCUAAAAAAGCAGAUUUAGAGAAAAAUUUGCCGAAAAGUGCUGCAAUUAACAAGAAAAUAAUUAAUGAAAGCAGCGAAGAUUCAAGUGAUGAGCCUCUUUCUCGUGUAUGCACAACUUCUCAAUUGCUUAGGACGUUUUCUCUUUCUCGUGUAAGUAACUAG